AUAGGAGUCUCUUGUUGAGGGCUAAACUGAGAAAUUCGGAAUUGCAAGUUAGUCAUGCUACAAACAAGAAGAAAUGGAAACUAGUGGAAACUUCGCGUGAUAGAAUCGUAGGUAACAGAUAAAGGAGCCUCUUUAUUUGUGAUCUCAUCUGUAGAUUCCUUCCGUGGAAUUGACGUUGGAGUCCAUAUCAUCAUGUGUUUGUUUAUCGCUUUUAUUGCUUAUGUCGAAGUUCUAAACUGUCUGUAAAAAAAAAAUAAAAAUGGAAGAGAUUAGAACUGAUGGUCCUCCCAUGUCAUCACCCUUAGCCAAAUGGAGGAUUGACUUCUCGAGGGCUUUUCACUAUUAUCUGGACAGAUCUGCCCCUCAUACAGUCAACAGGUGGCUCGGCACACUUGCUGCAGCUUCUAUUUAUGUCUUGCGCGUUUAUUAUGUGCAAGGGUUCUAUGUGAUCUCAUACGGCCUAGGAAUAUAUAUCUUAAAUUUGUUGAUCGGGUUUAUGUCCCCAAAAGUUGAUCCAGAGCUUGAAGCGUUAGACGGGGCUUCUUCGCCGAUGAGAGAUCCACAUGAGUUUAGGCCCUUCAUCCGCCGCCUGCCAGAGUUCAUGUUCUGGUAUGCAAUCACAAAAGCUUUUUGUGUUGCCUUCAUGAUGACUUUCUUCUCUGUUUUCGAUGUCCCAGUGUUCUGGCCCAUUUUAUUCUUUUACUGGGUUUUUCUGUUCUUCCUUACUAUGAAGAGGCAAAUUACCCAUAUGAUCAAACAUAGAUAUGUGCCAUUCAACUUUGGGAAGCAGAGGUCUGCCGGGAAGAGGUUUGCUAGAAGUGCUAGUGGUUCAAAAGAGUUAUGAAGACAAAGACACAUUGAUAAAUGGAGUUUGUACUAACGUCAUGAUGUUUUUCUGGCGACACCUAUGACCUCAGACACGUGCUUACAGUCACACUUGUAACUAGCUAAAAUAAACAAAUGACUAACACAAGGACUUUUGAUUGCAGUUUUCUAUGUUAAUGUUCUAUGCAACUAACAUUAUUGUCAUGUAUGCUUAUUUUUCUAGUUCUAUUUGUACUUUUAUUUUUUCUUCUUGAGAUGGGUAUUGUGUUUUGAGUGUGCGGCAUAAGUUUAGCACAACAAUAUCGAAUGUCAGAAAAGAACAAUUAAUUCCCUGCCAAAAUGGGUUUGUCUCAGGUUUGGAAUAUUCUUAUUUCCCUCGUGGACAAUUCUUCUUCAGUGAGCACUAUGAUUCAAACCACUGAAUUUUUUUUGAUGUGUAUGCCAAUCAAAAUUUUCUUUCGUUUUAGACUUUGCAGAACCUUUGUCAGCCCACCGAAAAUGACUUGUGGCCGACUCCCGGUUUGGAGGUUCUGGAAUCUCAGAGGUAUAUCUGACUAUCUCUCACAAGGUAUAUGAAUUAAAGGUUGUGUUUUUCCAGUUUCAUCAAGAUUUUUUUUUUAAACAAAAAAAAAAA